UAAAACUAAGCUGAGGUAAAUGAAUGCAGCAACCGGUGCAAGCAUUAACCAAUUCAAAACCAAUUUUCUCGACCCAUUGAUCUCAUCACUCUCAACCCAAAAAUGGCGAACCUCUUUGAAUCUCGAUUUUCUCAAGCAAACUCACUCCAUCGUAAUCACCAAUGGCCUCUCUCACCGCAACCCCUUUUUACUCCACAACCUCCUCCAUUCUCUCCCCUCCAUCUCCCUCUCCUCCGCCGCCGAUCUUUCCUACAUUUUCACCCUCUUCCGCCGCACGGACUCGCCCACCACCUCCCUCUGCAACUCCAUGAUCAAAGCCUUCUCCACCAGCUCAGUACCUCGAAUGUCAAUUUCUUGCUUUGCUAUAAUGCGCAAAGAAGGUGUUCCUCCUAACAAGCACACUUUCCCUUUACUCCUCAAGGCCUUGUCGAGGUUUCAAAUCGGAAAAAACGAGAACCCAUUUCAGAUUUAUGGUCAGAUUGUGAAAUUCGGAUUGGGUUUUGAUGGGUUUGUGGGUAACUCGUUGGUUUCUGCUUUUGCAAAUUGUGGGUAUGUUGGAGUUGCACGCAAGAUGUUUGAUGGAAUGCUGGUGAAAGAUUUGAUUGCUUGGACUGCGAUGAUUGAUGGGUACGUUAAAAAUAGUUGUUCAGUGGAAGCAAUGGAGUGUUUCUUGGAGAUGAAAUCAAUGGGUGUUAGGGUUGAUGAGGUGACUGUUGUGAGCGUUCUCCGAAUGGCUGGAAUGAUGAGAAUUGUUUGGUUUGGGAGGUGGGUUCAUGGAUUCUAUGUUGAAUCCGGGAGAGUCCGUUGGGAUGUUCAUGUAGGUAGUGCUCUUAUAGAUAUGUAUUCGAAAUGUGGCUUCUACAAUGAUGCUCGUCAAGUGUUCGAUGAAAUGUCUCAUCGGAAUCUUGUUUGUUGGAGUGUGUUAAUUGCCGGCUACGUGCAGUGUAAUAGAUUUAGAGAUGCAUUGCUUGUUUUUCAAGAAAUGCUUUGUGAAAAAGUCGAGCCCAAUGAACUUACUUUAACAAGCAUUCUCACCGCUUGUGCUCAACUGGGGGCAUUGGAUCAGGGAAAGUGGGUUCAUAGAUACAUAAAUAGAAAUGGAUUAAAAGUGAAUUCAACGCUUGGUACGGCUCUGAUAGAUAUGUACGCAAAGUGUGGGUGUAUUAGCGAUUCUUUCUUGGUUUUCAAAAAGAUACCCAUCAAAGAUGUAUACCCGUGGACUGCCAUGAUAAAUGGGUUUGCAAUGCACGGGGAUGCUGUGAAUGCCUUGAGUCUGUUCUAUCAGAUGUCAAAUUAUGGAAUUAGACCCAAUGAGGUUACCUUUCUUGCUGUUCUUAGUGCUUGUUCUCAUGGAGGUCUUGUGGACGAGGGGCGCGAGUUAUUUGGGUCAAUGAAUUGUGUAUAUAAUUUAAAGCCUAAAGUAGAUCAUUAUGGUUGUAUGGUUGACCUUCUAGGUAGGGCUGGGCAUUUGGAGGAAGCGAUGAAGUUGACUUAUGACAUGCCAAUGGAGCCUACUCCUGGUGUAUGGGGUGCUUUAUUCAGUGCUUGCAUGAUUCACAAGGGUUAUGGAUUGGGUGCUCAGAUUGGCGAACAUCUUAUUGAGCUACAACCUCAUCAUAGUGGUAGAUACGCACUUUUGGCGAAUUUAUAUUCUAUGUGUCAAAAUUGGGAAGCAGUAGCCCGUGUAAGGAAACUCAUGAAACAGCAGGGCGUGGAAAAGAUACCCGGAUGGAGCUGGAUUGAGUUAAAUGGUUUAAUUCAAGAGUUUAUUUCCUUUGAUAAAUCACAUAAUGAGUCAAAGGACGUAUAUUCAAUCUUGGAUAGUAUUUCGAUCCAGUUAGAGGUUGUGGGUUGUGUUCGAGACACUACUAACCUAUGGAUGUUUGAUGUCGACUGAAGUUGGGGCAACUUCUCCGUACCGAUCCUGAAAUCUUUCAUUGCCAAGAGAAGUGAAUUUUUGGGCUUAGUCGAUCAGUUUAUGAGGCUUCACUGUCUUUCAUGCUUUUGACUUGGUUAAUUGCUCAAGCACCAUCUACAUACAGCAGAAUGUGCUUGUUAGAUUGGAGGGCGAAAAGCAAGGAGUGUGUUUUGCUGAUCAUCCCUUGCUUGAGAGCAAUUAUGGGUGGUUUGAUACAAGAAAACCUUCAGGUUGACAAUUUAACAAGAUAGAAGUGAGCCGAUUGUUUUCUUCCAUUUCAACUGGUACUGUUGAGUCCCUUAACAUAAUGUGUAAACUCAUAGGUGGGAAGAUAUGAAAUAUGUAACAGAGAACUUCACUUCGACAUUUUCUUGAACACCAGAUCAAAAAAUAAAAAAAUAAAAAUAUUAGAAGUAGAAUGUGUUGUUGAACAGGGUGGAGAUAGGGAAUGAUAUAGAGGUAGGAGAGAGAGAGAGAGAGAGAGAGAGAGAGAGAGAUUGGUGCUAGCUUUUGUUGACAAUAUUUGUUGAAAAGUAUAAUGGUGAGUUGAGAGACAAAUUGAAUCCUGAUGAACAAGCCUUUUGAGAUAUGUAAAGUGAAGAAGUUGAUGUAUAAUCUCACUUAAA